UUGUCUGUCUCUUUUUUUUUCACUGUCACUGAUCUGUCUUGUCUUUUUCUUUCUUUCUGUCUGUCUGUCUGUCUCUUUUCUUUCUUUCUUUCUGUCUGUCUUUUUUCUUUCAAAGUGUCUCUUAACUUUUUCUUUCUCUUUUUCUUUCUUUUCUGUCUGUCUGUUCUUUUUCUUCUCUUUUCUUUUCUUUCUUUCUGUCUGUCUCUUUCUUUCUUUCUGUCUCUUUUCUUUUGUCUGUCUGUCUCUUUUUCUUUCUGUCUAAAAGUUCUUUUCUUUCUUUCUGUCUGUUUUUUUUUCUUUCUGUCUUUUCUUUUCUUUCUUUCUGUCUCUUUUCUUUCAAAAAGGACUUUUCUGUCUCAAACAAAACUGUCUGUCCGUGAUUUUCUUUUCUUUUGUCUGUCUUUCUGUCUUUCUUUCUGUCUGUCUGUCUCUUUUCUUUCUUUCUGUCUGUCUGUCUGUCUCUUUUCUUUCUUUCUGUCUGUCUGUCUGUCUGUCUCUUUUCUUUCUGUCUGUCUGUCUGUCUCUUUUCUUUCUUUCUGUCUGUCUGUCUUUCUUUUCUGUCUGUCUUUUUCUUUCUUUCUGUCUGUCUGUCUUUUUCUUUCUUCUGUCUGUCUGUCUCUUUUUUUUUUUCUGUCUGUCUGUCUUUUUCUUUCUUUCUGUCUGUCUGUCUCUUUUCUUUCUUUCUGUCUGUCUGUUCUUUCUUUUCUUUCUGUCUGUCUGUCUGUCUGUCUCUGUCUCUUUUUCUUUUUCUUUCUGUCUGUCUGUCUCUUUUCUUUCUUUCUGUCUGUCUCUGUUUUCUUUCUUUUUUCUUUCUGUCUGUCUCUCUUUUCUUUCUUUCUGUCUGUCUCUUUUCUUUUCUGUUCUUUCUUUUCUUUCUGUCUGUUCUCUUUUUUUUCUUUCUGUCUGUCUUCUUUCUUUUCUGUCUCUUUUCUUUUCUGUCUGUCUGUCUUUCUGUCUCUUUUCUGUCUGUCUGUCUGUCUCUUUUCUGUCUGUCUGUCUGUCUCUUUUCUGUCUGUCUGUCUGUCUCUUUUCUGUCUGUCUGUCUGUCUCUUUUCUGUCUGUCUGUCUGUCUCUUUUCUGUCUGUCUGUCUGUCUGUCUUUUCUUUGUCUGUCUUUUUUUUUUUUUCUGUCUGUCUGUCUCUUUUCUUUUCUUUUUGUCUGUCUUUUUUUUGUUUUCUGUCUUCUUUCUUUCUUUUCUGUCUGUCUGUCUGUCUCUGUCUGUCUUCUUUUUCUUUCUGUCUGUCUCUUUUCUUUCUUUCUGUCUGUCUGUCUCUUUUCUUUCUUUCUGUCUGUCUGUCUCUUUUCUUUCUUUCUGUCUGUCUGUCUCUUUUCUUUUGUCUGUCUGUCUGUCUGUCUCCUUUCUUUCUUUCUGUCUUUUCUUUUUCUUUCUGUCUGUCUUUUUUCUUUUCUGUCUGUCUGUCUUUUUCUUUCUUUCUGUCUGUCUGUUGUCUGUCUGUCUUUUUUCUUUCUUUCUGUCUGUCUGUCUUUUCUUUUCUUUCUGUCUGUCUGUCUCUUUUUUUUCUGUCUGUCUGUCUGUUUCUUCUGUCAUCUGUUUUUCUGUCUGUCUCUUUUCUGUCUGUCUGUCUCUUUUCUUUCUUUCUGUCUGUCUGUCUCUUUUCUUUCUUUCUGUCUGUCUGUCUCUUUUCUUUCUUUCUGUCUGUCUGUCUCUUUUCUUUCUUUCUGUCUGUCUGUCUCUUUUCUUUCUUUCUGUCUGUCUGUCUCUUUUCUUUCUUUCUGUCUCUUUUCUUUCUUUUCUGUCUGUCUGUCUGUCUGUCUCUUUUUUCUGUCUGUCUGUCUGUCUUUUUCUUUCUUUCUUUCUGUCUGUCUCUUUUUUUCUUUCUGUCUGUCUGUCUUUUUCUUUCUUUCUGUCUGUCUUUCUUUUUCUUUCUUUUCUGUCUUUAUCUCUUUUUUCUUUCUGUCUUUUUUCUUUCUUUCUUCUUCUCUAAGGAAACUGUUCAAUGA